AUGUCCACCUCCCCACAAAUGGAAGAGAGCACCGGCCGUUUGUUGGCCGACUUUCAACGGGAAAACAUAACCCUCGAGAAGAAACUUGAGAAACCUCCAGUGAUGAACAGGAAGAACGGCGAGUGCACAGGUACCACUAUCUUGUGUACACAUCAGAGCGCCUUGAUGAAGCUGAGUACAUACAGAGAAGAGAGCAAGCACCAAGACCUCGAACUCGGACUUUCGGCAGCCCACACACCGGUCACAACUGUAGUAUGA